AGGACGGACUUCUUUAGCUGUGACACACAAAGCUGUAGCGUUUCCGGCCAGCUCAGCGCAUCAGCACUGAGGUGUUGUCAGUUUACAGCCUGUCAAACGCUGGUACCAGCUACCUGUAAGACUUUAGCGGGCAGCAGAGAAACACCCGGACACUGAGGAAGAUGGUGCUGCUGACGAUGAUCGCUCGGCUGGCUGACGGACUGCCGCUGGCCGCCUCAAUGCAGGAGGACGAGCAGUUGGGUCGGGACCUUCAGCAGUAUCAGAGUCAAGCUAAGCAGCUCUUUAGGAAACUCAAUGAACAGAGUCCCACACGCUGCACUUUAGAGGCUGGCUCCAUGGCAUUUCACUAUUGUAUAGAGAAAGGAGUGUGCUACCUUGUGCUGUGUGAGGCCAGCUUUCCUAAGAAGCUGGCCUUUGCUUACCUAGAAGACCUGCAGGCAGAGUUCCAUGAGCAGCAUGGAAAGAAGGUCCCCACAGUUUCCCGGCCAUACUCUUUCAUUGAAUUCG